CACUUUUCUAAGGACCAUCAUGACUCUUGUACAUUACCCGCUUGUCUACGUCCAUUGAAGCCCUUAAGCACAUGAACCGGAAGCAAGCAAGGCCCGACCGUACUAUACGAAGCUCAAUAUCAAUAUGCCGCAGUCAUAUGUACAAUCAAAUCCCCUUUAAUCUUUACCAUCACAUUCAGCGCAGUCAAGGCUGGGAAGGAUGUCUUUGGACGAAACUCGCCCUCUGAUCGCAAGGAACGAGAACGACCCUCAUGACAGGCUGCAAAGCAGAUGGUCACUGUCGUCAGUGACAUUGAUUAUUCCGGUAGCCCUUGCAAGUCGUCUUGCCGUACAACUUCCCCAGACCACGGCCUUGUAUCUCAUCCAACAACUCAUAUGUCGACAAUACUUUCUCUCUACGGAACCACAAAAAGUUCCUAUAGAUGGGCCAAUGCCAGAUGAGCUGUGUUCGACGGACAACGUUGUGGAGUGGUACGCUCUCGUAAUGAUGAUUCUGGGUCUGGUUGGCGGUUUCGCAUGUGGGUAAAUCCUACUCUUUUAUCGUAAACCAAAGCUCCUGUUUUCUUCAGGUAUUGUCGGAUAUCAAGUCAUCGACCAUUUCGCUUCUCGUUAUGGCAGAAAGCCUGCGAUGAUGGGAGUAAUCCUGCUAGCUUUAGCGUCAAACGUUUUCUUGAUCACUUCGCCUUUGAUGGGCUCAGUGCUUGAGGUCGUCUGGCUCAUACUGUGGCUACUUUGUGAGAGUCUGACCAAUGUCGUUCUGAUGCUCUUUCUGGUCAACCUCUAUGUCCUGGAUACUGUCGGCGAUGAGUCCAGGACUGCUGCUCUGAGUUCGAUGAAUGGCUGGGCAACAUUAGGUGAUUGCAUGUCGUUCGUUGUCGGCGGGAAUAUCACAACAUACACGCAGAAGGCGUUGCCGGUAUAUUAUGUCGCUGCAUCCAUUCACGCCCUCAACUUUUUGUAUAUCGCAUUUGUUCUUCCAGAGUCAUUCACAAGGGAGAAGCGCGAUAACCUCAAAAGAGAACGCGUCAAAGAGGCCUCGCGCCGGAACACCGUUCUAGCUCAACUUCCUGCUCGCAAACGGCUUUUUUACCGCCUUUCCGAAUGCAUCGGACCACUUAAGGCUCUUAAACCCUCAUUGAAUGAACGUACUGGGAGGCGAAACUGGCGUCUAUUCAUCUGCGCUGUUCACAUCUUUCUAUUGAUGCUUGGGGCAGGACAUGCCACGAUGGCCAUGCUGACGUUCUUGACAUCGAAACAUAACUAUAAACCUGUGGACACUGGAUACGCACUCGCCCUCUACUCCCUCGUGGCCUCUUUCACUAUGGCGUUCGUAAUACCGCCAUUACUUGCACUAUUACGUCCCCUCUAUAGACGUUGGAAGGAAAAGGAAGGGCAGCAGGCAUCAGGCGAUGCUGAUAACAAUCAUGCCGAUAACCCAGAUACUGCUGAUGAAUCCGCGGACCGUCUUGACCUCCAUGUCACUGUUGGUUCAUGGAUUUUAGAAGCUUGCGGUUUUUUAUUUGUUACCCACUCAUCCACGCGAUCGGGCCAGUACGCUUCGAUUGUGGUUAUUGGGUUAAGCGCUGCUCGUACCCCGGUUUUCCGCAGUCUGGUUGCCGCAUCAGUAGAACCUCUCAAGCAAGGAGAAACAUUAGCGGCCAUUGAAAUGGUCUCGAGUGUUGGGAUGUUCAUUUCGCCGCUUCUCAUGGGCACGAUCCUUAGGAAGACAAUCUCGACCAUGCCUACGUUGGUCUUCUGGAUAUAUGGGGCCUUGGUUUUGUCGGCAUCUUCAAUCCUCCUUCUUGUCAGAGAGUCUGACAGAUAUCAGAAGCCUCGUUGAGCCCCUUCAUUCCCGUUGCCAUAUAAUGCACAAUUCGUACAGUCUAUGUGUACAGUCUAGUCUUCACUGUGAUACAUGACUUGAAGGGCCUUUAUCCUAGCCACGGUAGCUCUCAAACUGCACCAAGAUUCGUUUCCUUUGUAACCAUGUUCGCAUGAAGUGGAGACCGACAUGAAACAUCUGAUGGGUUCCAGCCUAGGCAACAAAGAAAACUUACUCUCCAGAUUCUGACCAUGGUUUUGCAGCGUCUACCGGUUCUUUCCAUCGACCGUUUGGUUCUGAUACCCCAAUCAUGCACUAUACUCACUGCCUCUCUAAAUAUCGGAUUUCAAUUUCACAUACUCACCACGGACUCACGGUGACUUGGUUGGAUCAUAA